AUGGCGAGCUGGAGUCUGCUCGACGAGCGAAGUGAGACAGAACUUCACAAAGCGCGUCUCCUUAAUGUGGAGGAGAAGCCGUUCAAGAGAAUCACAAAACGACUGGCUACAGUUUCUUCAAUAAUAUCGAAAAACGCCGACAACGAGGAGCAGCGGGAAGUGGCGGCAGGCACGACAGAGCAACUCCAAGAAGAUCUGACCCUCGACUUUGCCGCCUUUGACAGCAGCAUUGCGCGCCUCCAAUUUCUCCACGACGCCAACGAGCGCGAGCGGGCACGCUACGAUGACGAUAAGAAAAGGAUCCUGGACGAGUGCCAGUCGGUCCGCGACAAGAACAUCGACCUCCGUCACCAGCUGGACGGCGCGCGGGCGACGCUCCUUCAGCGCAAAAAGUUUGACGACCUAGCGGAGAAGAUUACAUCCAACCGGCUGCUGCGCCCGCGCGAGGACCAGCUGGCCAACCUCGCGAAACUCGAGGACGAGUGCCGCGAGCUCGAGCGCGAGAGUGAGACGUAUACAGAGACGUGGAGAGAGCGCCGGGACCAGUUUAAUAAAAUCAUGGACGAGGGCAUGCUGCUCCGACGGCAGAUACGGGACGAAAAGGAAGAGGUGGACCGAAGAGAGGGCAUGAACGAAGGCACUGAGGAUGAUGUGGCCGCGACGCCGCGGCCAGAGCUGCAUGGUAGCGCCACACCACGACCGGAUGGUGACGGCCAGCCAAAAGAGGAUGAUGAGGGCGCCAAGGGAGAUGAUAUCUCUACGCCCAUUCCUGCGGGUGAUAAUUUACAAGUCCCCGCCGUGUCUGGCCGGCCAUCUAGGAAUACUAGUGCGGCUGGUAGUGUGGCGGCAACGCCCAAGGUCGAGCAAGAAGAAAUCGACCGCGAAGAUGACGAGGGCGGGGAUGAGGACGGAGAAGUAUCGGGUGAGGAGAUGGACAUGGACGGAAAUGAGGCGGGCGCUUCACCAGAAGUCGAAAACGAAAAGAUGGAGGUGGACGACUAG